CCAGCGGCGGGCCAGCAGCAGUGCCAGUCCUCGCUCGGUUGCCAUAGCGUCCUGUGACCUCUCGCCGCGUCUCUCUCUCCUCUCUAUCCCUCUCUCUUUCUCUCUCUCACUCCCUCGCUCGCCGCCGCCACCACCACCACCGCCACCAUGGGGAUCGACGCUAUGCUCCGGUCGUCCACGCCCCACAAGUCUCAGGACCUGGCAAACGAGGGCGCCGCAGCGGAGGUGGACGUGAGGGGGGGCGGGCUGGGGAUGGGGGCGGGGGGGCAGCAGGGGGGGACGGGCAGACGCUUACCUGACCCUCUAGAGGUGAGCAGCGUGACCUACCUGUCCGUACCUGAGACCCCCGACUCCCGCCGGCCCUCCACGGCGGACCUGGUCAUUGAGAAGCUGCAGGUGGAGAAGGUGGAAGGUGGCGGCCUCAGCAUCCAAGGAGUGGCUUUAGCGUCAAACUGUCACGUGACCCUGAUUGUGUUCGGAGUGUUCUUCAUGUUGGCUGGCGUCGUGCUGUCCUACGUGAGCUACAGCGUGCCUCUGGGGGCAGGUGAGGAGGGGCCGGAGGGCAAGGAGAAGGCGGCUGAACCUGAGGACCACCUGGCGAGCGUGGCGCAGAUGAGGAUGAUCGGGCCGGCUUUCCUCAUAGUGGGUUUCCUCAUGGUCGGCCUCGGCAUCACGCUCUUCAUACUGGCCCGGAAGAUAAGUCGGGACGAGAAGGCGAAGCAGCUCGUCAUCUCGGAGCAGCAGCUGUGCGAACUCGAGAGCAGCUUCAGCUACACGGCCCCGUCCCCGCUGCACACCGCCUACCCCGCCCCGCACCAGCAAUACCCGAUCCUGGCAGUGCGACGGAACUCCUGGUGGAUAGACUCGGUGCAAAGGGACGGUGCCACGACGGGUGAGGCCCAGGACAGUGCCAUACAGUGCCCUUCCCCCAUAGAGGAGAGCCGGGAGGGGUCACCCAAACGCAUCCUGACCCCGGUGCCCCUGGAGAAGCUGCCUGACCUCGCCGAGCCUCCCGCAGCGGACAUCGCCUGCUUCCCCCCCUCCACCAGCCACUCUGGACUAUCUCCGGACGUCCAGACCCCGCCGCCAGUACCUGAAGAAGCGGAAGCCAGCGGAUUCUACAACACCAGCGACAGGGAAGGCAGCCCGACGGAGGUGCGUAAUGACAUCCCGGUGCUGUCCACGGCCGCGCAGGAAUUGCAGCGCCGCGCCAUGGCCGGCUCCGAGUACGGCUACGCCACGCCGCCCAGACUCAUCGCAGAGGGCCAGGACAUGCGCAGCGCGGCGAUGUUCAAGCCGUCCAGCGCCGCGCAGUCUCGCUCCCACGGGGUACCAGUGCCUUCCUCCGCAGGGCUGAUCCCUUCCAUACAGUAUCUUCGACCCCUUCCCCAGGUCACCGUCGCCACCCCUGUCCUGCCGCCCCUCCCUCGCCUCUCCCGCCACCAUGCCACCAGGCCUGACAGCCGCCCCACCACCGCGGACUCCAGAUAAUGCAGCAGGAGUGAUGACAGCGCCUUCCACGGUCAUGAAAAUCAACACUUCCUUCCCGAGCCCUACUGAAGCCAAUGACGGAAGAAAAUGUGCUAAAGGGAAACGAAGGAUAAUGAUUUGUUCACUCAUGCUCCUGAAAACGGUCUUAUUCGGCUGCAUAUGAGCGGAAGACGAUUUUUUUUUGCUCGUGAUAUAUGGAAAGGAGGGAAGUUUUUGUAGUUUUCAUUAGUUUUCAUCAUUACCAAGGCGCACAUAUUCUUAAGUAUGUGUUCGUAACUAUAUUGAGAAAACAAGAGCAGGUGUGACGGUGACGAUGCAUAAGAAGCCACAGUCCUGUUUAUAUAUGCACAGGUAGAAGAGACGAUGGUACAGGUGUGCAGUGUGAUGUAAUGGUGAUAAUGGUGAUGGUAAGAAUGAUGGGUUGUGAGGAGUUUAAUACAGGACGAUAAUGGGUGUUUGUGGCAGGCUGCAGGUGUUAGAAUAUUGCGCAAAGUGACCCAUUUGAGGACUGAUAAACAAACAAAUGUGGAUGAUAUGUAAUGUAGUGUUAGUUGAUAUCAUUAUUCCUCCUCUUUCUUGUACUCUUCCUCCUCUUGAUCCUUGUCCCUCUUGUUACUUUCUCUUUCCUCAACCUCGUCCUUGCCUUUCUUUAUUUUCCUCCUCCUCCUACUCCUACUACUCCUACUACUAAUAAUAAUAAUCUCUGUUCCUCUUUCUCCUUUUCCUCAAACUCUUCUCUAUUCCCUUUUCCUCCUCCUCUUCCUCCUUCUACUACUACUACUACUACUACUAAUCUUUGUUCCUCUUUCUCCUUUUCCUCAAACUCUUCUUUAUCUCCUCCACCUCCUCCAGUUAGGGUGAAGCCUUACGAAGAAAAGAAGUGUCUAUAUAUAUUUAUAAAGUUAUCAUAUUAUUACAGUGUUUAUAUACAGGGUGUUGAUGUUUCUCUCUCUCUCUCUCUCUCUCACACACACACACACACACACACGAACACACACACACACACACACACACGAACACACCUUUACGUAACUGUUGUGAUAGAUGUCAUGGCGCUGGAUCGCCUAUUUUUGUGUCGUGCUCUCUCUCUCUCUCUCUCUCUCUCUCUCUCUCUCUCUCUCUCUCUGUAUCCAAAUUAAUUACAUAAGUGGUUUUGGAGAUAUAUUUAGGUCCUCCCCCAACUCACCCCCACCCCCCCAACCACCACCACCAAGCUCAUACUCCCCCCUUCCCCCCUCCCUGGCAGGUUAUCACCCCUCACCCCCACACACAUACACAUGCACACACAACAUUUUUCCUCCCAUUCCUUCCUGUCAUGUCACCGGAUACUAUUAUUUCAAACUAGCAAACAUUUCAUUUCAACAUGCUAGUCAUUUUUCCCUCCUGUCACAAGCAAGGGGCUAUUAUUGAAAUUUGUGAGUUUUUUUUUCGUUACCUAGUAAAUCUUGUAUUCACUAACCUCUUAUGCAAGGAGUGUAAAUCUGGUCUUUGUUGAGGAAGUGAAAGAAACGGUAACUAACAUUUAUAAUUAGUUACCGUCACGAAAAGUACCUCAAGCAUUCACACACAUACUUGAAUCACACUCAUUACUUUGUUUUUGGAUUGUCUAUGGGCUAAUAUGGCCUUUUUCAUGACACCAAACACCUCGCCCUUAUCUUUAUAGCUUAAGGCCAUUCACGGGACCCAAGAGAAUAGAUAUAUAGAGGAAAGAACAUAGGCAGGCUGCAUGACAUGGGUAGAUACAACUAUAAAAGGGUAGAUCAUACUUUAAAAAGGACAUAGUUAAUGCCAUUCAUGUGAGCCAACAGUAGGGGAGAGGACAAAGGCAGGCUGCUUCAAAUGUGUAGAUAUAAAUUCAUAAAGGAAGAUAAUAGUUUGCAAAGGGUAGAUAAUAUUUUGAAUAGGGUAGAUUAUUUUGAAUAGUGUAGAUAUUAUUUUACCAAUGCAGUUUUUAACAAAGAAGUGUAGAUAUUGCAUUAAAGGUGCAGAUGAUAUUUAAAAAUUGUAAAUAUUACGUAAAAAGGGAAGAUACUAUUUUCCCUGGUUACUGGCAAACUUAAGGGAGAAUGGGAAAGACAAAUAAUGGUGUAGCAGGGCAAUAUGAUAGGCUAAGGCAGUAUACAGAGAGGCUGAAAUAAGGGACGCUUGCAGUUUCAAAACGAGUUAUGGCUAGAUACACCUUUCCCUGGCAUCCACCAAACACUAGUUAACUGUCCAUUAGCAGUGACUAGCACGAGACAAUAAAGUAGACUCAGGCAAUACGUACCAGGAGAGAGAGGGCAAAGCAAAGGAAAUUGAAUACCAGCUAAAACUAGAGACUUUUCCUGACGUCUGACAAACAAUAAUUAGGGUCCGGCAGCAGUGAAUAGCAUAAAAAAGACAAUAAAUUAGACUCAGGCAAUAAGUGCAGGGACAGAGGGGGCAGAAUAGUGGUUGAUAGGGUCCGAACACAAGCUAAAACUAUAUUCAACUUUCCCUGGUAUCUGCCAAACAUUAACAAAAAGGUGCAGUAGCAAUGAAAAGCACAUAAAAGACAAUAAAUUAGACUCAGGCAAUCCAUACAGGGAUAGAGAUCAAAAUAAGGGAUGCCUGUGGUUUAACCCGGUAGCUUCGGGGAUCAAAUUUCUUAAAGGCUCCUCUAAGCGAAUUAAUGAGAAAGUAUCAUCACUUACGCAAAUCAUUAAAAGGUAGAUAUCAACGCAUUUGUAAUCAGUUGGUGAAUCGUCUAUUUUGGGGGUUCAUGUCAAGCCACAAAUUUGGCCUGUCGCUGGUACACGGUAAAACCACAAAUUUGGCCCGUCGCUGGUACACGGUAAAACCACAAAUUUGGCCUGUCGCUGGUACACGGUAAAACCACAAAUUUGGCCCGUCGCUGGUACACGGUAAAACCACAAAUUUGGCCUGUCGCUGGUACACGGUAAAACCACAAAUUUGGCCCAUUGUUGCUACCAGGUUAAACUUGAGCUAAAACUAAACAUAACUUUCCUUGAUAUCUGCCAAACAGUGAUUGAAGUGUCCAGUAGCAGUGAAUAGUGCAUAACAGACAAUAAAUUAUACUCAGGCAAUACAGACAGGGAUAGCGAGGAUUGAGGUCAGAAAGUGAGCUAAAACUAUAGGCAACUUUCCCAGGUAGCCGCCAAACAUGAAUUAAAGUGUCUGGCAGUAGAGAAUAGCACAUAAAAGACAACAAAUUAGACUCAAGCAAUACAUACUGAAAGCGAGGCCAAAUUCAUGGAUGCUUGGGGUCUGAGUAUGAGCUAAAAUUAGAUGCAACAUUUCUGAUAUCUGCCGAUUUGCCAAACAUUAUGAGAGUGUUCGGUAGUAGUGAAUAGCACAUAAAAGACAACAAAUUAGACUCAGGCAAUACGUGCUGAGAACAAGGCCAAAAAAAUGGAUGCUUGGGGUCUGAACGUGAGCUAAAAUUAGAUGCAGCUUUCCCAGGUAGCCGCCAAACAUGAAUUACAGUGUCUGGCAGUAGAGAAUAGCACAUAAAAGACAACAAAUUAGACUCAGGCAAUAUGUGCUGAGAGUGAGGCCAAAAUCAUGGAUGCUUGGGGUCGGAACGUGAGCUAAAAUUAAAAGCAACUUUCCUGGUAUCUGCCAAUUUGCCAAACAUUAAUUAAAGUGUUCGGUUGUAGUGAAUAGCACAUAAAAGACAAUAAAUUAGACUAAUACAAUAUUAAAAUGAGAGUGAGGCCAAAAUAAUGGAUGCUUGGGGUCGGAACGUGAGCUAAAAUUAGAUACAACAUUCCUGGUAUCUGUCAAUUUGCCGAACAUUAUUAAAGUGUUCGGUAGUAGUGAAUAGCACAUAAAAGACAAUAAAUUAGACUCAUACAAUAUUAAAAUGAGUGAGGCCAAAAUAUGAGAUGCUUGGGGUUUCAACACAUACCUAAGUGUACCUCACCCAAACCAACCUCACUCAACCUAACCUGACGAGUACCUUAACCCUUCCUUAACUUGACCUAACUGUAGGGUUGUUCCGAAGGUGUUUCUGGCUUCCCGUCCCUCAGGUGGGGAGGGAGACCGGCCUUCCUCUUAGUGCCAUCUCGGUCAUAGCGUCUGACGGCUAUAGGAAACGUUUCAUAUGGUGUGAUGUAAAAUUCUUUGCGUCCAUCCAUUUAUAUACCUUAGACGUGUAUACUCUCUCCUUUAGACUAUGGUUCUCAGAUAGACACAGCUGUUUUGUAUUGAUAUAAUGGUGAAUUUUUACUACAGUGUCAAGUUACUGUACCGAUGAUACAAAGGUUUACUACUGUUACCAUCAUUACUACUGCUCUUAAUAUAGAUUAUCAUGUCAGAAUCCCCUGCAUUUAUAGAUAACUCCUUUGUGUGAUGUUAAAUGAAGGAAAAGAUAUAUUCAUUAUACCUGAAAUUAAAUGAGGUUAUUGGGGAAAGAUAAUCAUUAUACCUGAAAUUAGAUGAGAUUAUUGUGUAUAUAUGUACUGUCACAAGGGAACACACCUGAAGUUUACCUGUAAUAUGGCCAGUGAAUCCAUAGCCUACAUACACACCAGAGCUGUGAGAGGGAGAGUUUGGCUCCCUACACCAUCUUGCAUCCAAGCACUCAGGCUCACUGCAUCCUGCCCAGUGCUUCUGCCUCAACACAAGUUCAACACCAAGAGAUGAAAAUGAUAGUGUUUGAAAUUCCAACAGCUUGUCUUGAGGCAGGAGGGCUGGGCAGGAGGCAGGGAGCAGGAGCAGCAUAGUCGCAAGAUGGUGAUUGGUCAUGGCCUAACCCUCUCCAUAUAUGGCUCUAAUACAUACAUACAAACAUGCAUACAUACAUACACAUACACAAUGUACUUCACGUAUUCCUCCCAGUGUGAUAAAGAAAAAAGUUCCACACAUACAUAGAAGCAUAUACACAUACAAUACAUACAUUCAUCUUUCAUUAAUAAAUCAUGAUGUGGAGUGCCUAUGUAUACCAGAUGGGGUUAAUUAGGGGCACCUGGGAAUCACCUGGCCACUGAUAUCUCACUCCUCACCUGGCGACACUCCCUCCUUCAAGUGUGUCAAGUGUGUGCAGUCCUCACCCCCACCUGACUCUCUCCCUCACCCUCAUCCUCUUUCACUCCUUCUUUACCCCUUUCUCUUACUACCUUGAUACCUCUCCCUCUCUCUCACAUUCAAGCAGAUAUAAAUACAUACAUUCAUAUACACACACAGAUAAAUGAGCAAACACACACACACGAGAUACAUACAUAUACACAUACAAACAGACACGGAGGGUAAAUGAGCAAACAAACAAACAUACACACACAGAAGAAAGGGGUGCAGGUACUAGAGGAAAGGGUGUGAGGGGACGUGUUUGAGGGAGGGGGAAGGGCAAGGGAGUCUCACCAUCACCAAUCUCGCUACCAUCCCUUCACGUCACCUCCACCACUUCACCAACUGUCACUCCCUCACCCACUCACUCACUCCUUCAUGACUCACAGGGAAUGUCUUAGGGUAAACGUGUCAUUCAUACUCUCAUAAGUGUAGCGUUUUGCAAGAAUACUAAUAAAGAUGAUACAUGAA